AUGUCGGAAAUGGAAGAGGAAGAUUUUGUUCCACCUCUGCCCACUCAGCAUGAACCAACAACAUCCGCGGUAAGUUUAAUCACAUAUAGCUUUGAUUGGCUAAAUUUAGAAGAAAAGUUUAGAAGCCGCUUCUGCAAAGUGUUCUUUCGCGAAAUUUACCUCCCAAGCAUGGGUUGGUCUCGAGUAUUUUUCCAAUAGUCUUCCGUUUUCAGAAAUCCGGGGAAAUCUACGAUGGCGACAAACACAUUGACACCUUUACUGUGGAAUCAAUUUUUCGACGAAAAACGUGAGCUUCACAUUGGGGAAGAUGUUUUCACUGUCUACCUGAAGGUAAAUCAAUUCUUUCGCCAAAACUUAUUUUUUCAUUGAAAAAAUAAAGUCGAUAGCUUUUAUAACUUAUAAUUCUUUUCAAGUGUUCAUCUUUUUCUUCUUUUUUUUUUCUAACGUCGCAAGUAUUUUCCUUUCAUCUGUCAAUUUAGUGUUCGCGAAAUAGCUCGUCUUUCGGGUGAUUCAGUAAGAAAUAUUUUUUCUAUUUUUAGGGUUCCCGCGGUCCCAUAUUCUAUCUUCUACAUGGUGGUGGUUACUCUGGUCUCACGUGGGCGUGCUUUGCCGUUAGUUUCAUGUUUGCUAGAAAAAAAUUACAUUUUCUUUCCCGAAUCAGAAGUCUUUAUGUGACCAAAUAGAAUGUCGAAUAGUUGCGCCCGAUCUUAGAGGCCAUGGUGCUUCUCAUUCUGAAGACGAAGAAGAUCUUUCUGUUUCUCGUCAAGUUCGGUUUGUUUCUGUUUAUUUUAAAAGUCAAAUAAAACAUAGUUCAGAGAUAUCGCCGAUAUUUUCGACAAACUUUUUGAAAAAGACCAAGGAGAUGUGAGCGUUUGUGUCAUAGGCCACAGGUAAACUUGAUUUAAGGCAUCUUCAAAAAAAUUUUUUUUAGUAUGGGCGGAGCUUUGGCGGUUCACGUGGUGCACGAAAAAGUUUUGAAGGCGAACGUCGUUGGACUGAUUGUAAUCGAUGUUGUGGAAGGAACUGCAAUGGAAUCCUUGAGCGGAAUGGUUCGUUUUCCUUUCUGAUUUGAGAAAUCGUACGAAUUGCUCUUUGAACUAUAUAUCAAAAAAUAUAAUAAUUUUGGCUUUAAAUGAGUGAUUCGUUCAAAAAACCCAUUUGUGGUCGAUUCUAUAGAGGAGUGAGAGAAAAUUAAAGGUAUUCCUUUUUAAUGAUUUCCAAUUCGUCAAUAUUGUUCUUGAAAGAAUAAAUAAAAAAAUUUUUCUCGGUUUGGCGAACAUCGUAUAGUUUUCAGAAACGUCUAACUUGAUAUUUUCUCUAAUUAUUAUGAUUUCCAGGUUCACUUCCUCAACUCUCGACCUCCUACCUUCUCUUCUUACGAAAACGCCAUCAAGUUUUGCCUCAAAUCCGCGAUGACGCGAAAUUCGACAGCCGCGCGCAUCAGUAUGCCUUCUCAGCUUCGCGAAAUUACUGAAAAUCAGGUAAUUCAACAUUUCUUUUUCUCUUUUUUAUCAGAGUAGACAAAUUUUUACUGCGUAAAAUGAAAAUGAGAAUAAUAAUUGUAUCACCUGGAUUACAAGAGAUGCUGGUUUGGAAUUGAAUGGAAACAUAGUUUUUCUCUUUCCAGCUGACAUGGCGGAUCGACCUCGCAAAAACGGAGCCUCACUGGCGAGGAUGGUUCGAAGGACUUUCUUCGAAAUUCCUCGAUUGCUCGCCUCCCAAGCUUCUUGCUCUCGCCGGUGUCGACCGAUUUGAUCGGGAUUUGACGGUUUUCAGCUUUGAAUAACUGAAAUCAUCUUCUCAUUUAAGAUCGCCCAAAUGCAAGGCAAAUUCCAGACGUGUCUUCUUCCAAAAGUCGGCCAUUGUGUGCAGGUGAGGAUCCAAAAACACUCGAUUUUUCGGCUGUCAAAAACGGGAUAAUUCUACAUAAUGGGUUUCUUAACUAUUUGAUCUGUAGAGAAGUGUUUUACUCGAUUUCAAGCCCGCCUGUCUAAUUCGUGAGGUUUUUUCAAGAAAAUGAUACGAGAAAGGUUAGCUAACCAAGUAGUUUAUAUGGUAAGUAGUUUAUAAUAAUAAGAGAGAUUCAUGCGGUGUUCAACAUGUGGCGCCCUAAUUUUUUUUAUUCAUGCGAUUGUUUUAUGCGAAAAUUGAAACCAAAAAGUUUCAAAGUUGUAAACCAUUCAUGCAUUCAAAAACCUGACACAAUCUCAGCUCGCUUUGAUCUGUGCAACCCACCAUGAAGAAAAAUUCACCAAUAAAGAAAAGGAGUUCACUUUGAAUAUAAAAACCUGUAUAAAACUUUUUUUCAGUUUACUUCUUCAGUUGAAUAGCGUUUGAUUGGCUUGAAAGUUAUGACUCAGCUUGAUAAGCUGUGUAGUUCUUAUAGAUGAGCACAACUAAGAGAUUUUAAAGGCUAGUGACAGAGAUUUAGACUUUGAAAAUCAAAAAUUUUGUAAAUUUCAUUUUUUUUAGGAGGACAGCCCCGAGAACUUGGCUGAUGAAAUCGCCAGGUUUGCAGUCCGUUUCCGAUUUGCGACCAGCAAAGUUGGAAUGGUUCCGUCAGUUUUUCCGGAGCGCAGACCCUUUUGA